CUUCCUCAGUCGCAUCACCACCAUGUCAGAGCGCGACCGCCACGAACGAGGGAGGGAUAGGGACCGUGAACGCGACCGUGAUAGACGCCGAGGUAGAGACGACCGUGACCGAGACCGGGAAAGAGAUAGAGAGCGCGACCGUGACCGAGGGCUAAGAAGCAAGAAAUCCCGAUCUCGUACUCCAGACCACCACGCUCGUGCUCGCCACGUGCGUUCUCCGGAGAGAUAUCGGUCUCGUUCCCGCUCGAUUGACCGUGACCGGGACCGUCAACGACACCACAGGCGCAGGACUCCUUCCCCAGAUGCGUCGUCGCGAAAACGGCCUCGCCAGGGUUCAGCAGACGAUGAGAAAGAAAGGAAUCGCAAACGAAGUGUAUCUGAUUUCGUUGACGAGAUUGCGAAAGAGCCUACUACUACUACAAAGAAGAAGGAUAAACAACCAAGCGAUGCUGCUGAUAAUGACGGAGGCGAAGCUGAAGAAGGAAUGGAUGUGAAUGAGGUUGAGAUGAUGAAGAUGUUAGGGAUUCCUACUGGAUUUGAUUCCACCAAAGGUAAACCAGUUGCUGGUGCUGAUGUUAGUGGGAUUAGAGCUGUGACCAAGCGUCAGCCAAGACAGUACAUGAACCGUCGCGGUGGAUUUAACCGUCCUUUGCCUGCUGAGCGUAAUCGCUAGUCUUCUCAAGGUCCUUGUCACGCUGUCUUAAACACUAGUCAAAAAGAUGAGGGUUCGAGCUGCAUUUCCCAGGUAGUAGUUACUAGUUUCUGCAAUUCUUCCCCAGACUCUGUUCUGAUGUCCUUUAGAGAACAAACAUGUACUCUCCAA